GAGUUCUGUGGCGUUAGGAACAUAAUCUUCUUCACAAGCGAAACAAGAAACCAACCGCACACGCAACAACAAGAUGAGACUGUCCCUGGUAAACUAUUUCAAGAAAACUGUGAAUGGUCACAUUUUUCGUGGCAAACACCGACUAGUGAAGCAAGUAAGUCCUAGUGCAACUAAGUUGCUGAUACGAGACUAUGAGCAAACGGAAGCAAACAUGAAACUACUGCUGCAUCCGUACUUGUCAAGGGAACAGUCUAGUGGACAUGCGAAGGAGUUGGGCAAAAAAGAAAAGAUUGUUUCCAAGUGGAGAGAGGAACAACUGAAAAUGAAGCCACAUGUCACGAUAGCGGAGCGAUUGGCGCAUCUUCAGGUGAAGAACGUCUGGGACUGAAUU